AUGGUCUCCCACAAACUAUCGAACCUCCUCUCCGUCGCCUCGCUUGCCGUCCUCGCCUGCUCGCUUGUCGCUUCUCCCGUCAACGCCCUCGAGGAGCACCACAUCUCCCGCCGCGGCCACGACAGCAUCGCGAAGAGGAGGCGCGACUCCGCUCCUCACGCUAAGCGUUGCAAGGUCCGCUCUUCUUCUGACGCAGAGUCCUCUACUGCCUCCGCAGCCGUCGCCUACGUCGCCAGCUCUUCCGACGCUUCCACCUGGACGUCAACCUCCGACGCUGCGUGGACCUCCAGCACCGACGCCGCUUGGUCCUCCUCCUCCGCCUGGGUCGCAACCUCCACCAGCACUUCUGCAGCUGUUGCCACUUCCACCGCUUCCAGCUCUUCCGGUGGCAAAGUCGGCAUUGCCUGGGCCCUCGGAGAUGACUCGUCCUUGUCGAACUUCAAGACCGACAAGACCAAGUACCUCUACACAUGGAGUCCCUCCAUGCCCACAGGUGCCGCUGAACUUGGCUUCACCCUCAUGCCCAUGCUUUGGGGUUGGAACCAGGUUAGUGAGUUCCAGAGCACUGUGGUCGCUGGCUACGCCGAGUACGUUAUGGGCAUGAACGAGCCUAACGAGGCUGGUCAAUCCAACAUGGACGCCGCUACCGGUGCUAGCAUGUGGCAAACGUACAUCCAGCCCUUGGCCAACGAGGGCUACAAGCUUAUCUCCCCCGCCACCUCUUCCGCACCUUCCGGCAUGACCUGGAUGAAGGACUUCUUCGCCGCUUGCUCGGGUUGCACGUUCGAUGGUGUUGCUGUCCACUGGUAUGACGUCGGUGCCGACACCUUCGAGACCUACGUCACCAGCUUCCACGAUGCUUUCAACAUGGAUAUCUGGGUGACUGAGUACGCUUGCCAGGAGCCUGCACAGAACUUCAACGGUGGUGCUCAGUGCUCUGAUGCCGAUGUCUGGACCUUCAUGCAGACCACGAAGCAGUGGAUGGAGGAGACUGAGUGGAUUGCUGCCUACUUCGCAUUCGGUGUCAUGACCGACAUGUCUGGUGUCAACGACCUUGACCGCCUCAUGGAGUCCAGCGGCCUGCCCACUUCCCUCGGUUACUACUACAUCGAUAACUAA